AUGACACCCUCAGCUACUGAUAUCGAUCUCCCCCCUUUGUCUGCCCUCCAAGACAACAUCAAUGAUUCCAAAAUCACCAUAGAGCAGUCCCCUCACCCCGCCUACCUCCACCACCUAGCAACCCAAAUCCUCCACGACCUACAACAUCAACACGACUGGACCUUCCUCACCAUCCACAAGCGCUCGACGCUCACAGCCAACCCUCUUCCGCGCCCCAUAAUCUCAGGUCUUCCUCCACGAAGGGCCUACAUCCACCCCGACGAGCAAAUUGAGAUUCUAAAAGCAGAACAUGAAUCAGGGGUUUCUAUUAAGCACGAGCCGGAGCGAGAAUGGGUGCUCCCUAGCCAGAUCCAAGAGACAUGGAGUUUAGCCAAAUUUACAGCAGUGUUUGAUGCGCUGGAUACGGUGCCGCCGGGUGAUAGUGGAAAGGAAGAUGAGGGGGAAAGAAGUGUGGGAUGGAAGUGGCAGGGGAAGAAUCGACAGAAGAGGCUGCUUCUCGGGACAGUGCAUGAUGAUAGUACCGUGGUCUACUAUAUUAUGCAUGAUGGGAUUGUGAAGCCGAGACAGAAUUGA